AUGGCCACUCCACCACCACCCCUGAACCAAACCAAACCAAACCAAACCAAGCAAAGCCAACAAGCCAUGUCGAAAUACUCAAGAAAACCCAUAGUGACCACGUUUUCACUAAUUGCAAUAAUAUGCGUCGUAUACUACAUGACCACGCUGUCGCAACGUUUAGAAAAAACACUAGGCCAAAAUCUCCCCAUCAAUUUGAAGGAUAGCCUCGGGAAAACCACGACACCAUCAUCAUUGGAACAAUCACAAAAUGAGGAUGCCGAUUUCAAGAUCCAGCCUGUGGGGGAAGCGAUAGCCAUGGACCAGGAACCCACACUCGAGGCAUUCAUGCCCAAGAUGGCCAAUGAGACUCUAAAGCAAGAACUAGGCCGCGCAUCGUGGAGAUUAUUCCACACGAUCUUAGCACGAUACCCCGAUUCGCCACUGCAAACCGAGCAAUCGACACUUUCCUCAUACAUCAUGCUCUUUGCGCAAGUUUACCCCUGCGGCGAUUGCGCUAGACAUUUCCAGAAAUUGUUGGCUAGCUACCCUCCGCAGACCAAGAGCAGAAAGACGGCGGCGUUAUGGGGGUGCGAUAUUCACAAUAAGGUGAAUGAGAGAUUGGGCAAGAUGGAGUACGACUGUACCACUAUUUUGGAGGAUUAUGAUUGUGGUUGCGGCAGCGAUGAGUUGGAGGCUGACGAUACGUUGAAAGGCGGGGCCAAGAUGGACGAUUUGAGGAAUUUGCAGGUUGAGAAGGAAAACUAUCAGCGUGGUGGGUGA